AUGUUGGCUACAUUUAAUUUUCCAUAUUUUUUUUCAAUAAUCAAACAGUCUUGCAGCGUUUGCGAUGACUUAUCUUGUAAAAGACAUCAACAAACUAAAAGUGUAACUCCUUGGAAAUGCAUUCAUAUCAGCUCUGAUCUUAAUGAAGCUAUUGAACAUUUUUACGAGACAAUAAUAUCAAACUUCAUUUCGUCCUGGUAUGGGCAAUUCACUGAAGACGAUGACUUUUUGAAUGAACUCCGACACUGCUUUCGCUUCUCAACUGCUACGAUAAUCAACAGGUUUUUCGAGUUGGAUGUUGGCAGAGUAAUAGCGGAUAAGCUGAUUCCUUGCGCUGUUAGGCAUGUUGAUGAUUAUCUGUAUAUGCAGCAAAUCGGGAAGCUGAAAAAUGUGAGAUUCAACGAAGUAGUAUUGGAAUACUUGGGCAAGAGAUUACAUGCCGCUGCCACUAAUAGAAAUAAUGAAUUGGGGUACUUGCAGCAAAUGGUUUCCUCACUUCUACCAAACGUUUUACCUGAUUCGUACCUGAAAUGCAGGAAUUAUUCCAUCAUAAUGAGAGAAAUUUUGGCAGGAUGGGUAUUUCUACCGCUCAUGGAUGUACUUGCUGAUCCAAAUAUCAUAAACUCUUUGGUCAUACUGGCAAUCACUUAUAAACCAAAGAAGUCACUGAAGAGCGUAAAGAAUGUAGAAACUGUGGAGUUCCUGCAUAACUAUGCUCUGAGCAACGACAAGAAAACGUCAUUUGCUACAAAUCUGAACAAAAUAAAAAACAACACCGAUUUGCUAUACGCAUUCAUGCAGUUUUUGAAAAAACAGGAUCAUGUCAAUCUAUUGCAGUUCUGUCUGGAUGUAGAUGAUUUUAAUAAUAAGCUUUUAAACCCUGAAUUAUCGAAAAAGCAAUUGGAAAAUUUACAUGCCGAUGCCCUGAAACUGUACAAGGAAUAUUUAGACAAGGAUAGUUACAGUUUCAUAGGUUGUCUUUCCGAAAUUUCAGAAAAUUUCGGCUUCUUGAUGCAAGAGGUUUACAGCAUCGAAAAAUUAUCAAAGUUAUCCAAGCUAUUAUAUGCUGCCUAUGAUUAUACAUUCAAUAUUUUAGAAAAUGUCUGGUUGCCUCAGUUUUUCCACAGCACAGAGUUUUAUGGCUAUAUUUGUGGCUCAAAAAUGAUUCCAACUUUCACAAAACAGCUUUCAAAAUCGACAACCUUACCUCAUGGUUCUCCAGUCAAGGAUAGAUCAAAAAAAUACGACUCUAUGAGCCAGGGAAACGUUUCAAAGCUAACUUCUGGAUUGGGAAAAAUCAAAGGCGUUUUGAAAACCAGUCAACCCAUCGAAGGUUCUUUCUUUCCCAUAGAAAAUCAAAGUGUGGAGAAUGGUACGACAGAUGAAAUGUUUCUAGGAGACUGCAAAAGUCUCUUUAGGGAUUUGAGCAGGUGGAAAGUAUCGAUUCCCACUUAUCAGGGUAGUCCUACCAACAAAGUUAUUUAUUUUUAUGUUAGUGUCGAGCGUUCAGAUGUGCUGUCUGUGGAAAGUAAGAAAAAUUGGGUCGUCUUGAGGAAGGAUCAGGACUUUUACACGCUAAAAUCGAAGUUGGUGGAAUUCCACGGGGAGAGUGAAAUUUGCGAUUCGCCUUUGCCAUCUAGAAAAGCUGGUUCUUCUAUCGAGACUAGAAUGACUAAGUAUGAAGAGUUUCUGAGGAGACUUCUUCAGAAAUCCGCUUUAAAAGGCAGCGACUUGCUUUACUACUUUCUGACAACAGAGGAGGACUUCACAAUAUACAUUGCUCAAAACACGAACAUACAGGACAUAGGAAAUAUAUAUCAGUCAGUUGCUUAUAAGCUGCGGAAAGAAAAGGGGCAGCAUUUGGAUUCCUUCAUGGCUUCGUUUUUGAAUGCGGCAGGAAAAACAAAGAAUGACAAAUUAGAAUGGGCUGAAAUAGGAGAGGAACUGGACAACAUUCCGUGUCUCAGUCACACUUCACGAUUGCCUAAAACUUACCGUAAUCAAGUUUUCAACGACAACUUUGGGGUACAGUAUAAAUGCUUGAAAGAAACCGCCAGUAGUUCUUUCAACCCAGAGGGAUUGGCAGAAAGUGUCUUUUAUUUUCUGAAACAUGUGUUCAAAGUUCACAAUGGAUUCUUAAAAAUUUACGCUUCCAUAUGCAGCGUAGCUCAACAUAUAGUGGAUACCACGAGUCGUAUAAUGAUCGAAAGAACUUUGAAAUCGAAUCUCAGCCAAUCCAACUUGGCAUAUCUCAUCAGAUUAUUAGAAGAAGUCGUUUUCAACCCUCACGUAACCCCUACUAAGGAGGAACUGAAGCAGAGGCAGGCCAGAGCAUUUGAAGAACUGAAUAAUUCUGUGCCUCAUCUAGUCACACAGAUUUUCGGUAGUGGAGUUAAAGAAGGACUGAAAACCUUGCUGGAGAUUAUGCAGAAUGCUCACUUUAAUAAACAGUUGGCUUACAAUUUAUUGGAUAUUGUACUGCUCGAAAUGUUUCCCACGAUGGAUGGUAAACUUGAAAAAUAAUAUCGAGAAUCUUUCGGUGACGUAUAGGUGAUUAAUACCAAAUUUGUUUUACUUAUUUAUUUAUGUGUAAUACUUUCAUAUUUUUUAAUAAAAUGUUUUCGUUAAACUGAA